AUUCUAUUUCAUUAAAGUUCUUCUUUGUAAACCUACUUAUAAAACGUGGAUAGGAACAUCUUUUAACAUGCCAACGUCUGAAAUUCACAAAAUGGCUUAUAUUAAUUUAGCCUAUAUGUUUAUGUUAUCUAUAAAUGGACACACAACAGGUACAGGUUUGACGACGCCAUUUGAUUCAUCGUCAAGCUCUUCACGACCAGAUGCAAGUACAAAUCUACGUUCUACCAGUACAAUUGCUAUUUUUACAACAGUUUACAAUAUUUCUUCAUAUGGUCCAGAAUCAUCAUCUGGUCUAACAUCAACUCGGACACUGGAAACGUCAUCUUUUCUAACAACAACCCAGAUACAAGAAAUAUCAUUUGGUCCAAGUUCAACCCAGACACCGGAAAUAUCAUCUGGUACAACACCGACUCAGACACCGGAAAUAUCAUCUGGUUCAACAUCAACUCAGACACCAGAAAUAUCCCUUGGUGCAACAGCAACUCAGACACUAGAAAUAUCACCUGGUCCAACAUCAUCCCAGACACCGGAAAUAUCACCUAGUCCAACACCGACUCAGUCACCGGAAAUAUCAUCUGGUCCAACAUCAAAGCCAUCAACCAGUCCAACAGACAAUGGAAUACAACAAGAUGCUAACGAUAAAGAUGCCGUGAUCAUUGUAUUGGCUCUAAUUUUAUCUCUGUCAUUGGUACUGGUCAUAGUUUUAGGGGUCCUUUACAGAAAGGGCAAACUAAAGUGUAUAAAACAACCUGAUAAUCCGUGUGCUGAGAAUCCAAGAACGAUAACUCACGUGGAACCAGGUACUAAUUACAGUAAUCUGUCUGAUGUAUCCAGAAAUAAUACAGAUAAUACUUACCAGGAAUUACAAAACAGGAACUCAAAUUCUCCAUAUACUAAUCUUCCAUAUUCUAGUAGCAGUGAGAUUGAAACAGGAACUAAUUACAGCAGCCUAUCUGAUGGUAACAAACUUGAUACAGAUAACCAUGGUUACCAAGAACUACAAACAAGAACCCCCACGUCACCUUAUAGCAAUCUCCCCUAUACUAGUGAACAUAAUACAUAUGCUAAUUUAUCAUUGUAAUUUUUAUAACACUCUCCCCCCCCCCCCCUAUACUGCUGAAUCAUUAUAAUUUUUAUAACACUCUCCCCGCUAUACUAUUGAAUAAUUAUAAUAGUUAUACCCCCCCCCCCCCCCUUACUGCUGAAUCAUUAUAAUAUUUAUAACACUCUCCCCCUAUACUACUGAAUCAUUAUAAUAUUUAUAAAACUCA